GAUUCUAUGCACAAGAGGCGCGCCACUGGUGGCAAGAAGAAGGUUUGGAGGAAGAAGAGAAAGUAUGAGCUUGGAAGGCAACCAGCAAACACAAAGCUCUCCAGCAACAAAACUGUUAGGAGGAUCAGGGUUCGAGGUGGGAAUGUAAAAUGGCGUGCUUUGAGGCUUGACACUGGGAACUACUCUUGGGGUAGUGAAGCUGUGACUCGCAAAACGAGGAUUCUUGAUGUGGUGUAUAAUGCAUCCAACAAUGAACUUGUUCGAACUCAGACUUUGGUCAAGAGUGCCAUCGUCCAGGUUGAUGCUGCACCUUUCAAACAAUGGUAUCUCCAGCAUUAUGGUGUCGACAUUGGUCGCAAGAAGAAGGGUGCAACUUCUGGCAAGAAAGAAGGGGAGGAUGCUGAAACUGCAACCGAAGAAGUGAAGAAGAGUAACCAUGUCUUGAGAAAGUUGGAGAAGCGUAAACAAACCCGGGUGCUUGAUCCUCACAUUGAAGAACAAUUUGGAAGUGGUCGCCUCUUGGCUAGUAUCUCAUCCCGCCCCGGUCAAUGUGGUCGUGCUGAUGGAUAUAUAUUGGAGGGCAAAGAGCUUGAGUUCUACAUGAAGAAGCUUCAGAAAAAGAAGGGCAAGGGUGCUGCUUAAGAUGUUGUAUUUCCUCCUUUUUAGUUUUCUUUUAAUUAUCUUGUUGAAACUAUUACAUCUUAGACAAUCAAGGUGAUCAUUUUGCUAGAAUGUCUACUUUCUAUGGGUUGUUUUGGUAGUGAUGUUGGGUUGUAAACAAAACCCUGAACUUUGAACUGUUUAAUGAUAUUGAUAGUGAGUCCUAUUUAAAUUAAA